AUGCGGUUCCACCACAUCAUACUACUGGGUUUUGCCAUCAGCGGCAUUGGUGCUGAUGCCUCAUGGAGCACUAACUUAAAGCGCAUUCAGACCCAGUUCAUUUUUCGUGCCGAGAAGGACGUUCCUAUCAAGCGAAUCCUGAGGCCAUCUGCUGGAAUCGAAGAUGUCCAAGAAGAAAGAGCGUGGUAUAGUGUGAUUACGAAGCUUUUCAAGUCCAAAACCUCAUCGAAGGUCCAUCCGGAACUAGCGUCGAAGGCUAAGACGAAUUACUUAGCGAAGGUUGAUUUCGAAAGUACCGGAGACGAUAUACUCGACGGCUUAAUUCGCAACAAAACACCUUUGGACGAAGCUUUUACGAACCUGAACCUGAAAUUGGGAGAUGACCUCAUUUCCCAACCGAACUUCAAGUCGUGGUACAAUUACAUGUUCGAACACAAUAAGAACGCGAAACACGCAACAUCUUGGGUCGGAUUCCUGAAGAAACAGGAGUACUCAGAAGAAAAAAUUCGGGAUAUGCUGAUAUCGGCCAGUAAGAGCCACAACCAGGACGUGAAGGCAAUGGGCAAAAGUAUUGAAUCUGAUCUGAUGAAAGGGUGGACGAAGCAGAAACCCAUGAAAAAGCCAGAGGAUGUCGCCCACCUUUCUGAUGAGCUCGCUGAAGCAUACAAACCGAUUUUCGCUAAGGCAGUUGAAGCGGCCAAGAAGAAGAGGAAAGAAGAAGCAGAAGAGUUAAGGAGGCGGAAUCCAGCUGCUGCUGCUGUUGGUGGUUAAACCACGCUGCCUCUUUUCAAAUGAUCCGAUGGUCUGUGCUGUUUCUCAUGAUGUCUCCUCCGACAAGUGCUAACCGGACUGUAGCACUCCUGCUAACAACCUUUCUGCACUAGUUCUGUUACUGGUAGCAUUGAAAGUUAAUCUAGCUGUUUUGACCUUCUGUUGGAUCUGCGAACGGAUCAAAGGUCUGUACAUGAUGGUCAGCAAUGUAUCAUUUAGCGUG